AUGAGUCAUAGAGUUCAACUUCUUUUAGGAGCAUACCAUAUGACAUUUCCUUUGAAAAGUGUUGACAAAACGAUUGAGAUGAAAUCUGUUCCAUACGUAUGUUAUGGUAAUUGUUUAUACAUUGAGUCUAAAAUAGCUAAUGUCACAGGCAUUUCAGGAGUUAAUAGUAAAGGUUCAGUAGAAUAUAAAUCCUUCUGUUAUGCAGUCAAUUCAAUGUUCAUUCCAAACGUUCCUGUCAUAGCAACUCAUUUAGGUAAAUGGGUUCGCAUUAGUCCUCAUAAUUUGAAAGACAUGCAAUUCAGACUUGUUGACUUUCAAGGAGAGCCUGUAGAACUGAAGGCACCAGUGCGAAUGACUGUUGAAGUUGACUUUUUAGAAAAUAUUAAAUGCAACAGCUUACAAGAGAACUCAGAGCUAAAAAUAUAA